UUUUACUACACUUCCUUCUUUGACGCGUUAUACUGACAACAAACAAGGAGAGUCAGGAAAUGGAAAAAGUCGCGAAACGCUUAGGAGUAUACUCCAAACUGGAGAAAGUGGGACUUGAAUCGCCAAACGAUGUGUUAAUGAAAACAGUCGGUGAUCUACAAAGAAUUUUAAAUACUGGUGAAGCCGAGAUCCUCGAACUGUUUCAAGCUGCUGCAGCCGAAGUAUAUCCUUGGAGGGAGCGACGCGAACUAGUAGUGCUCUCAACUGCCAACACCAAUAAUAGUCAUAUAACCGAGACCAUUACCACGGGCGAUCAAGUUAUUGAUCGCAUACUUGGAAGCGGGCUUCCCUUGGGUUCUGUAACUGAAGUUGUUGGAGAGAGCUCGUCAGGAAAAACACAACUAUGCCUUCAGCUCUGUUUAUCCGCACAAAAGCCUGACGCUUCUAUACACGGAGCUUCAGUCUAUCUCCACAGCGAAGGCCAUUUUCCGGCCGUUCGACUGAGUCAAAUAGCACAAGCAUAUGGUCAACAGUACAACCUCAAUCCCGACAUAAUGAAACGCUCCAUUCACACCAUGCAUCUUCCUGACCGAGAAACACAAUAUCGUGUGUUAAGCUACCAGCUACCUGUAUUACUAUCACGACACAAGAAUAUCAAGCUUGUGGUAAUCGAUUCAAUCAGCGCACCUUAUCGUGGCGACAAUAGCAGCGGCGGAGAAAGAUUCGAACGCAUGAAUGAAAUUUGCGAGGUUGGAUCGAGGUUAAAACGGAUAGCACACGAGUAUAAGAUUGCGGUGGUCGUAAUCAACCAAGUCUCUGAUACGUUUGUGGCUGCGACCAAUCACAACAACAACAACAACAAUAGUAACAAUAGUAACAGCAGCAGCAGCAAUGCCAAUAGCAAUGAUCCACACGAGGAGCUUUUGGCACUUUGGAUGGACUUCAAAUUGGAAGGGUUCAAGAGAUCGCCAAUCAAUAUGUUUUGGCCAUCGCUGACCAAAAAACCAGUACUGGGCAAGUCGUGGGCAACGUCAGUGACUACACGAAUUCGGCUGGCACGAUCCAUUAUGACAGAUAUUGCACCGACACGUAGAGCAUUGUUUGUUGAAUUUUCACCUUUAGCCUCUCGAUCUGGUUGUGAAAUUGUUAUUGACGACGGCGGUGUACGAUCAAGACUGUCGUAGCACAUAUGUACAUUAUAUUUCACAUGACUAGGAUACAUCCGAGGCAUGAGCGAGCUACUAUCACAUUCUGUAUAUGGAUCUGAAGCUCUUAAGCUCGUCAUAACAGCGUGCAUAAUUUGUACAGUUGGCCCUUUUUAAUAUACCAAAAAAAUCGACCAAUUCCUGAAAUAAAUGUCCAGUUGUUCAGGGAAUUCAUGAUAAAGGGCACUCUGCAUCUAAGUCAGGUUGCCUCACCGUCUGUAGAAUUACAUAAUCAGUCCCAUUCAUAUGUACUGGCGAUACAAUUACUUAUUAGACCGUACACACAUACACCUUCGGAGAGGAAGCAAUUGAUGAUACCUGGUAUUUUGAAAUUGUCAUUUCUUGACCUCACUUUCUCUUUGUAUGUACAAACGUGGAGCUCAGGGUUCGCAUCCUGUAACAUACGUAUGUUUAACAUAAGCUCAAACAAUAUC